CGCCGGCGCCGCCUCCUCCUCCUCUCUGCUCCGCUGUGGAGGACAGAGGACAGACUCACGGAAACUCCUGCACGGGGACAGAGGAAGGGCCAGAACGUGGAGUCCAAACUGGCCACUGCUGCUGAGCUCUUUGUGAGAUCCAUCCAAGCCGUUUUGGAUUCUGUGUGGACUUGUUAAGAACUCGACUCCACUUGCUGAUCAACCCGCUGUCGAGGCUAUCAUGUCUUUCUGAACUCAAGGGUCUUCCUGCAGCCAUGGCACAACAGAGCGCUGAGCUGUCCCACUGCUAGGUGACGGGGCAUCCGAGAGGACAGAAGACAUGUUGGGACAGACGCCCGGGGUUAACUGCACUGAAUUCUGUUACUAUAGCAACUACUGUAGUAACCAUGGAAAUGCUAUGGAGGACUGGUCUGGUCUGCAGUGUCAUCAUCGUCAUGGUUGCCACAGAGGUCGCAGGAGGUCACAGAGAUGAGUUUGCAGAAUCACAAGCUGCCUUUCUGACAAGUCUAGGCCAGUAUGAGAUUGCCACUCCAGUACGUGUUGGGCCUAAUGGAGAAACGCUGGAUGCAGAAACACCUCAACACCACAGAAGAAGAAGACGCAGCACUGAAGACAGGCUUCCUGAUUCUCUCUUCUACCAGCUGUCCACACCGCGAAACAACUUCCUUCUGAACCUGACGCUGCAGGGAGGCCUCCUGUCACGGCAGUUCAGGGUGGAGUACUGGAAGAGAGGAAGAUUAGCCUGGAGUCAUCCCUACUCUCCCCACUGCCACUAUGUAGGACACCUCCAAGACCAGCCGACCUCCAGCAAAGUGGCCCUGAGCAACUGUAACGGCCUGCAGGGGGUGAUUGUUGCAGGGGGAGAGGAGUACCUGAUUGAACCCCUUGUCUCACCAGAUAAUCAGACCAAGACAGAGAGGGGGGAGAGAGCAGAGGGGCGCCCCCAUGUGGUUUACAAGCGGUCAUCUCUCCGCCAUCAGUACAAGGGCCAGUCCUGUGGAGUCAUUGACGAGAAGCCAAUGAAAACCGCGUCAUGGUGGCAGCGAACUCUGAAGACACCUCCCCAUCAUGUUGGCCGCGGCCAGCUCCCGCUAAAGCGUUCAGUAAGCCGGGAGCGCUACGUGGAGACACUAGUGGUAGCAGACAAGAUGAUGGUGGGUUACCACGGUCGCAGAGACAUCGAGCAGUACAUCUUGGCUGUCAUGAAUAUUGUUGCCAAACUGUUCCAGGAUUCUAGCCUGGGGAAUGCAGUCAACAUUGUGGUGACACGGCUCAUCCUGCUCAUGGAGGACCAGCCAACACUUGAGAUCAACCACCAUGCAGGAAAGUCUUUAGACAGCUUCUGUAAAUGGCAGAAGACCAUCCAGCACCGGAGCAGCUACGGCAACGCCAUACCAGACAACGGGAUCGCUCAUCAUGACACUGCUGUUCUUAUCACCAGGUACGACAUCUGCAUCCAAAAGAACAAGCCUUGUGAAACCUUAGGUCUGGCUCCUGUGGGAGGGAUGUGUGAGCCAGAGAGGAGUUGCAGCAUCAAUGAGGAUAUCGGACUUGGAACAGCCUUCACUAUUGCCCAUGAGAUAGGACAUACGUUUGGGAUGAACCAUGACGGUAUGGGGAACGCGUGUGGGCCUCGCAGCCAGGAGACCGCCAAGCUGAUGGCUGACCACAUCACCAUGAAGACAAAUCCGUUCAUCUGGUCUGCCUGUAGCCGGGAUUACAUCACCAGCUUCCUGGACUCAGGUAUGGGCUCCUGUCUGAACAACGUUCCCCCAAAGCAGGAGUUUGUGUAUCCCACCACAGCACCAGGUCAGGCCUACGAUGCAGACGAGCAGUGCCGCUUCCAGUACGGCGUCAGAUCUCGACAGUGUAAAUAUGCGGAAGUCUGCAGUGAACUUUGGUGCAUGAGCAAGAGCAACCGUUGCAUCACCAGCAGCAUUCCUGCCGCAGAGGGAACCAUCUGUCAGACCAACACCAUAGAGAAAGGGUGGUGCUACAAGAGGGUGUGUGUUUUGUAUGGGACUCGUCCAGAGGGCAUAGACGGAGGCUGGGGUCUGUGGUCCCCCUGGGAGGAGUGCAGCCGGACCUGUGGAGGAGGAGUCUCCUCUUCUAUCCGACACUGCGACAGCCCCAGGCCAACCAUUGGUGGAAAGUAUUGUCUGGGGGAGAGAAAGCGCUUCAGGUCCUGUAACAUUGAUGAAUGUGCUCCUGGCUCUCGGGAUUUCCGGGAGAUACAGUGCUCUGAUUUUGACAGCGUUCCUUUCCGGGGCAAGUUUUACACCUGGAGGCCAUACAGAGGGGGCGGUGUGAAGCCUUGCUCUCUCAACUGCCUGGCUGAAGGAUACAACUUCUACACGGAGCGUGCUCCAGCUGUGGUGGACGGCACACCUUGCCGAGAUGAUUCUCUGGAUGUGUGUGUAAACGGAGAGUGUAAGCACGUAGGCUGUGAUCGAAUCCUCGGCUCGGACGUUCGUGAGGACCGCUGUCGGAUCUGUGGGGGUGAUGGGAGCAGCUGUGUCUCUGUGGAGGGACUCUUCAAUGACUCGCUGCCAGAAGGAGGUUAUGAAGAGGUGGUCAGAAUCCCCAAAGGCUCAGUGUUCAUCCACAUACAAGAACUCAACAUUUCCCACAACUACCUUGUGCUAAAGAGUAAAGGGGAUCAAUACUUUAUCAAUGGGAAGCUGACCAUUGACACGCCACGCAGGUUCGAUAUUGCCGGUACCAUCUUCCACUACAGACGGCCCACUGACGGACCGGAAACUCUUGAAGCUCUGGGACCAACAAACAUCACCCUGACUGUCAUGGUGCUGGUGAGGGAGGAGAACCCAGGGAUCCACUAUCGUUUCAACCCCCUGCUUUCCAGGGAUCCUCAGAUCGGCUUUGCCUGGCACUACACCUCCUGGUCACGCUGCUCAGCUCUCUGCGCUGGAGGUGUGCAGAUGCAGCAGGUGGUGUGUAGGAAGCAGGGAGACCAAUCAGUCGUCUACAACCACUUCUGUGACAAGAAGAACAAACCCAAAGAGAAGAGAAGGACCUGCAACACUGAGCCAUGCUCCCCAAGCUGGUGGACAGGAGAGUGGUCAGAGUGCAGCCGCAGCUGUAACGGCGGCCUGCGGACACGGGAGGUUUUAUGUAAAAGGAGGAUCUCCACAACCGAGGAGAAGGUCCUUGACGACUCUGCCUGUUCCUCCCCGCGUCCUUCUCUCACUGAGCCCUGCAGCAACCACAGCUGCCCCCCUGAGUGGCUCGCCCUGGACUGGUCUGAGUGCACACCCAGCUGUGGUCCUGGCUACAGGCACCGUGUGGUCUUGUGUAAGAGCGGGGAGAGCGGGGACACGCUGCCAGAGUCCAAGUGCCCCAAACAUGGCCGACCCACCUCCAGGGUUCGCUGCAACCUGCAGCGCUGCCCUCCCCCUCAGUGGGUGACUGGUCCCUGGGGAGAGUGUUCUGCCAAGUGUGGUCUGGGUCAGGAGAUGCGUUCAGUGCAGUGUCUGACCCACAUCGGCCAGCCGUCCAAUGAGUGUCUGGAACAUCAGCGGCCAGCAGCCAUGCAGCAGUGCAAGAGCAGAUGUGACCUCAGUCUGCCCAUCAACAUAGACAACCCUGAAGAGUGUAAAGAUGUGAACACUGUGGCCUACUGCCCCAUGGUGCUCAGGUUCAAGUUCUGCAGCCGGCCAUAUUUCAGGCAAAUGUGCUGCAAGACCUGCCAGGGACACUGACCACAUGGACAUCAUGAAAACUCAAAGUCGUGUACACACUCACAGUAAGCCUGAAAACCCUCCCACUGAGCCGUUUAACAGCAGCCUCUCACACUGCCUCCAUGUCUGGAGUGUGUGAGAUCGAACUGGGACUCUGGUGAACUGACACCUGGUGAUGUUACUGGACCUUUAUCCAGCCAGGAUCAGACGCCCCUUCUGGUCAAGCUGAAUUAUACAUUCCACUUGAGGGGGACGGCUGCUGAAACCUGGAGGGACUUCAUCUUUUAAGGGAUGAAUCCUCUCUGUUUGUGUCUCUAAACGAUCUUUCUGUUGUAAUAUUUUGGUGCUAUUAUAUUUCCCUUUGGCCGCAGGGCUGGUCGCAGUACUCUCUUAAGCCUGUCUGUUAACAGGUGAUAUUGUUUAGUCAUGAAUAUAAGAAAUCCUCUUUGUAUGGAAAAUGAUUUUCUAGAUAUAUUUGUCCGUGAAAAGGAAUAUCUUUUGUUAUCAAAUGAAAGAUUUGUUUUCGUGUUAUCUAAUAGUUGUUACUUGACCAGGUUGGUUUAUGUCUCUGCUUUGUUCCAUGUCAAAUGUAUUUAGAGUCCUCGCUGUUAUUCAGCUGAAGUAUGAGCAGAGUUUGAAUUGCACAAAGUAUCAGCAGUCAGAGGACCUGAGUAUUUUAUUUCUGUUUUGAUGUGAUCUGACUUGAUGUCUCCGUUGAAGCUAUAAAUGUGUCACUGCAGUGAAAGUGCCAUUUUCUUGCCAUUUUGGUUAGUCUGCUGAAAUGUUGUUUGCUAUACAGUAACACAGGACACAUGGAGACACGGCCUAAGUGUGUGCAAAGCUAGUGCUUACCCACAGGACAUUAUCCACACAAUCGUGGGGGAGAGAGAGAUUUUAGGACCGAUAUGGGAUUAACUGAAAGGAACUCUCCAUCAGGCCCACUUAAGAUAAGAAAAGAUAAACUUUAUUGAUCCCCAUUGGAGGAAAUUAGGGAACAUAUAUGAGCAACAUGAGCAAGCAAUUUGUUUGCCUUCGCUGAAGUGACUGAUCCAGCUGCAGACUGGUAUAGCAAUGCUGAUUAGUGAUUAGUGAAUUUAGACCGUCCGUCCAUUGUCCAUAAUUUGGUCUAAUUUGAAGGUUGCCAUUACUCACAGGUUUUUAAAGACGGUGGCUGUAAGUGCUGCAUUGCCUCAGGUGGUACACCUACUUUGUAGUAGCUACAAAAAAGUUUCUUUAAGCAGCGAACCUUUUACUGCAAACACUCUCAGUUCUUACAGUGUAAACAAAAGAAAAAUGGGAGGAGUCCUUCCACUGUUCUCACAACUAUGAAAGAACUCCUGGUCCAAAAACACAGUGUGUCUGUUUUCUGGUGAUCCCUUAGCAUUGAGCUUUGCUGUAGAUUUUCCUAUUUUCUCUUUGUUUUCACCAAGUUUCCACGGAUGUGACAAUGCUGAUAACUUUUACUGUGAGUGGAAAUUCAGAGCACAGGGAGACACAGUGAGUCAGCUCUGCCAGCAGGAACAGGCUCAGUGAGGGAGAGUGAAGACUUCUGACAACGCUGCUUUUUACAGAGUGUUAGUCUGAGGAUGGAACUACACACCCAAGAAAUAUGUGAUAUCUCUGUGCCACAGAUCAGAUGUUUUCAUGGCUUUCAGGAACCAUCUGAUAUCUACCCCAAGCUUUUAUAAAUAAGGGGUAAUCACAUUUUGAGUUUGUGUGAUAUGAAACUACCACAAACAAAACAGGCAUUCAACACAACACUGACAUAUACACUUGAAAUGUUUUGGUUAAUUAGAUGCUGUUUUUUUAAAUAUAAAGGUGACCUUUAACGGUGACCUUUGCUGCAGCACAGGGAUGGAGGCCCUUGCAGGUGUUGAGUUGACAUUCCUUUGAAGAAUCACAAGCUGCAGUAAAAGGUUCUGAUCAGAUGACCCCGACAGUGAACUGAAACUUUAUCUUUAAAGCUGAGAGAUGCUUCAGAUUCAAGUCCUUUCACGAUUGUUAUCACAAAUCACAAAUUCCCUAUUAUGAAUAAGUCAGUGUGUAGGUUGGUUCCGAAAAUGAUUCCCACAGAACAGCACAGCAGUGGAAGGAUUACUUAAUGCACAGAUGAAUGUGUGAACCAUUUCUUCCUUUUAAGGACAGUGAUGCUAUUAUGUGGCCCAAAAGAGAGCAUGUCAUCUGACUCAGAUUUGUUUGGAAUUCAUUGAAGAAAUGUGCUGACAGAUGUUAUGUUUUAAAAAAAAAAAAAAAGAAGCUGUGUCAGCUGUUUCUAUAUCCUGCGAUCUCAGAGGCUCACAAUUCAGUCAUCGCUGUGAUGUCUGCUGUGCUCUGAACUCUGCUCUGACGGACUCUUCAUCACAAAUGUUCACACUGAUUGUCGCUGACAGCAGCUCUGUGUGACACCAUGUGUCACAUUCUUUUAUGUACAGAGAGGAAGCUGCACGUCAUUCCAUCUUUAUCACUAUCAGCAACAAUAACAAUGUUUGUUCCUUUUUUUUGUCUUGUGGUGCUUUGGUUUGUAUUGGUGCUAUUACUUCACUGUUGUCAUUUUUUUCUAAAUUAUCAUCAUAACAACUGUGCUUUUACUUAUAUGAGCCUUUUUAAGUUAUCAAAUCUGCAGAGCUCAACAAACCACCCUCACUCACCAGCAGGGGCCCUCUGUUGGUCCAUUUUUAUCAUGGUUUCAGCUCUUAAUAUAACUCCACACACACACACACACACACACACACACACACACACACACACACACACACACACACAUACAAAAUCCCCAAAUUUAGAUCAUUGUGCAAAUUAAAGGAUGAUGACAAAUAUUGAAACAAUUAAUGUAAGUGCUAUACAAACACGUUUCCGCUUGUGGUCUUCAUCAGGGUCCCUAACAAAGGCCACAAGCUGAACUGUGUCAGUCUUAUGAAGUUGAUAAAGUUGAUCUGCAUGCUUCAAGUGUUACUGAAGCUUUUUGAGCUUAAAAAAUAGACCAUUGAACGCAGUGGCAGGUCGUUUUGGACCCUUAAGACAACACAACAAUUUUGAUUAAGGGAACAAUAUCUAUUUCUUGAAUUUUAACAAAAUACUUUGGGGGGGUCUUAUCCAAAUAAUUAUAAUAAAGGUUGCAUUAUUCUGUCAAAUAUUAAAAGUCGUUACAGUUAUUAAUGCAUCAACACGGAGCACAGGAACUUCAGGAAUGUUUCAUUUUAAAAUUCAGACUAGUUGUAUUUCAUCAGAUUUUAAAGCUAUCUCAUCCCUGUAAUGUUUCAGGGCUGAACAGGUGUAACAUUUUCAAGAGCAUUUCAUGUUUCAAAAACCUUCUGUGUAAAAAAACAAGUCAUUUUCAGUUUCUCUGUAUCUACCUGUGCCUAUAAUGAAGGUUUUCAUUGAGAAUUGAGCCUGUUUUUUUUAGUAAACAAGAGGGACAUUAUCUGUAAUGUUUGUUGUGUUUCACAUGCUAAUUAUAACAUGACAUGUACUGUAUGUUGUUUCUUUCUAUAAAACAUGAAUCCAUCCUUGUACAUCAUUUUAAAAGAAAAUAUUACAUCGAUUAAACACGGUGCAUUGAUGACUCUAAGACAUUG